AUGGACCUGAGCGUUUCUGGCACAGGCGACGCUUCAGUAGCAGACCCGUACGGCAGCCAGUCUCUGCAAACUCAGUUGGAUACUGCAACACUUGCCGAGGACAUUGUUGUCAUACUCGAUGCUACAGCUUUCCAGCAACCUUCGGUCCCCAUAGUUCGAGGCGCGACCGACCAACCUCAGGCGGCAUCCAAGCUGACAACCCUGAGCUUCGAGCUCCCACCUCGUACCAUCAGCUCACCUCUUGAUGAACGUUUCGUCAAACGCCUUACACGCGUCCGAUCAGACAAGCAGCAAACAUCGCAGCCGGUCAGACAAGCUCUUGACGCGCUCAAAUCUGACGUGUUCGCUUUCAUCAAAUCUCAGUUGAAGCUCCGCAAUAUCGGCACUCACGGUAUGGAACAACGUUAUCUGAACUGGUGCUUGCCUAGGAUCCUCGACCGCCAAAUCUGGGAAGGAAUCAUGGAGGAUUGUCUCUUCAUCACUCCAGCUGAACUGGAGCAGGUAUUGGACUUACGUGACGUUGAGCAGGUUUACCUAGCGCAGCCUACUGGUGCGACGAGCUUUUACCUGCGCACGUUUACCUUCAAGGUUCAUGAGCUACUCCAGGUUCUACAGGAGCUGUCUGCAGAGGGCUACGAUUACAACCGCAAGCUGUUUCUUUGGACCGCUCGGCUGAAGGGAGUCGACCCAUUUACUCUCAUCUACGUCAGAUACGCUGGAAUGACCACAUACGUACCCUGGAUGCGUCAUCUGGACGACAUUACCAGCGAGGCUGGAUCUUUCGCUAUUGCAUUCAUUCAAAAGACACUUUUGUCUUUUCCGGCCGUGAUUCAAGGUACUAUCGUCCAGGAAGUUCAUGAUGCGCGAGUCGACUUUGCUGUUGACCAGACCCUGCUCAACGUCAGAGAGCAAGCUCUCAUCAGUCUCCUCGAUUCCGGCGCUUUAAAUACUGAAGCUGGAGGGGCCUUCAAUCAUGAUCCGUCUACUGAAGACGAGAUCAUGUUCGCUACAUUGAGAACUCGUGUCACUGCCCAAAUCACAUCCUCCACAAAGGCUUGCACUCCGGCCAUACUCCAGCAAGUUCAGGAUCUUGCCGGUGACAUCCAGCAGUAUGCGAACGAUGACCCAGUGUCGACGGGCACGCAUGUCUUCACAUUUGCUAAUGUCCAUCGCGAUGCUAUUAUCGAUGGCAUGACCCCAUCAUUGACUCAUAGGGGCAUGACACCUUUCUUGACAAUGGGUUCCGAUGUUCCUUUGACCACCUUCAAGAAACCCAAGACGUAUUUCCUCGAGGCGAGCUGUUCAGCACACCUCUCAGCCACUACCUGGAACUAUUUUGGUGCUUGGGAGGAGGGCCUCGAUCGCUUCGAUGGUAGCUACAUUUCGCGUUUGGUCAAAGGCCAUCAUGUUCCCUUCAUUGACCUGUACCCUUGGCCAAAGCGAGACCCCGCAACCACAACUUCUGCCAUGGAAUAUGUCCGUCGUUACUUCGGUAUCGCCAACCCUCUCGUGGUCCUUUGUCACGGCGAACUUGUCUCCAAUGUUGCACUUGGCAAUCUACGACAUUCCAAAGGUCUACAGCAUGAUGACCUCACUGGCGCGAUAGGCCAAGUCUAUCUUCGCAACCAUAUGUCGCUCUCCAAGCAAGAUCGUGACUCAGGCUUCUAUGUCGCCGUUCCGUCCCUCCAUCCUGGAUCAAUUGGGUACCGUGGAACUUCUGUUGGGGUCACCAAAUCCAUCUUCUUGAUGGCCUCGAUGGUUGGCUGGCUCGCAUACCACGAGGCUCUCAUUCGUUCCAAUUCUACCGAUACCAAGAAGGUCAUUUGUGAGGAGAUCAUCUCUGCCGUCAAUGCAAAGACUGGUGCCGACACUCCCUUCGAAAAGCGUCUUACAGCCCUGAAGGCAGAGCUAGCCAAGGAGCUUGUCAUAAGGCGUCGCAACUACGUGGACGCCGCCACCAAGGCAGCCAGAACGGCCGAGAUCAAGACUGCGGCCAAGUUGCUGACACUUGAGAGGCGUACUCAAGCACCUCGAGCAUCUGGACUGGAUUCUACUGCACUUACAGUCAAGUAUGUUCUCUACUCCGGCAGAAAGGGCGUCAUCAUGGCUACCCCGACUACCAUCUGGGCUCAGGCAAGAAAAGAAUUGGAUGUUGUUCUACAAUCUGGUUUCUCCUUCAGUCUACCCCAGUCACAUGAGCGUACACAGGAAGUUGAGAGAGUUUUCAACAAGCAUGUCGCCAGUCUUCAAGUCUCCGCCGCGGCCAGUGGAGAUAAGAGCAAGUUCAUCAACUUCGCUAAGUCAUACAAGGUCCCUCAGGGCGGUAGUUUCUAUCUCUCUGCCGCCAGUGUUGAGGACACUGUAAAGGAUCUGCCUAACUUGAUUCGUUGCUUCUUGCCCGACCAUGUCUCUGACCCAUACGACGCCAAGUGGUCUCGUGUAUUCAAUCUGAACAUGCAAACUCUUGCGAUCGCCGCCCUGAGAAAGUGGGUCACGGAAGCCAUCUCUGGUGCCACCAAUGACCAGCAGGCGGCAGUUUCUGUGGCCGCCAAGUGGUUCAGUCACAUGCAGAAGGAUCCCGCUGUGUUUGCUCUACUCGGAAAACCCGCUUCUUCAGGCAGUGCACCUUCAAGCAAUAUCUUCACUACGACUGAUGAUCUCAAUGGCGCCGAGAUCACCAUCAAGGCUCACUGGGCCAAUUUUGACGCCACUGUCGUCAAGCACAGCUUUUCUUGGAUGACUUCGGACGGCACAACAGUGAGCAUGGACAACAUUCCCAUGCCACGUACAGUCAUGCCACAGACUGACAGCGACAAGCGCUUCAUCUUCUUCGUCCCUGAAGGCGUUGAUAUCAAAGACCAGCAUGGUAACUCUAUCGAUGCCUACGAACUGAAGGGUCAGAAGCAGGCGGGUAAGCAAGUUGGAAAGCAAAAGAUGUCAGUCUAUCCCACUGUGCCCAUCGCCACUAUUGUCGCCUCCCUCGGCAAUCAUCCCAACGGCAAGUACUUCCUGGAGUUAUGGGAGUCUCAGACCGGAACUACGGUUGACGAUGCUUUGGACUCCUCAUUUGUUGGACAAUCCAGUGUUGGCGAUGGUGGAAGCAUUAUUCCGGCCAGCUACUUCACAGGCGGACUCUCUCGUCCUCUGCCAGUCUGUCUCAUGUACAAUGCGAAUGCCAAGAAGGCUAUCCGUGAUAUCCUUCCGGUUUACCCAGGCGAUGCACUCUGGCUUCUUCACGAAUUCUGGACAGAGUGCUACCCUGAGGGCGGUGAGGUCAAGUUGACCAACCCCUCCGAAGACACCAGUGGAGAGUCAGCACACAGUAAGCUCAUCGCCUUCCUCCAAAGACCUCUCUACCGCCAACAUCCGUUCGCCAGAGACUUGCGUGCCAUGGUCAGCCUCUCACACAACGGCGGAGAUGAUAAGAAGAAGGCUACUACGACUUUGAAGAGUGCAGCUGACGUUUUGCGUGGCCUGAGUAAGGCUGCUACAAACAGCACCAUGCGUGUCCCGGCUACUAGCGGUCAAGGGUCAAUGGUCAUUGGAGUGACCAGAUUCUUUAUCAAUGCGACCGCUCCUGAUAACGUGAUUGUCGCCUUUCCGCCUCCUAAACUUGUGCCUGACGAUCUCGGGAUCAUCAACGAGGCUGAUGAAACGGAGGAUGUUGAUGAAGAUGACGCGGAAGAUGGCAAUUUUGCUGAAUCCAGCUCUGCCGCUGAGGCUAGAGGCAGCAAGAGAGGACGAGAUGAACAGGAUUUGGAUGACGAGCCACAGUCUCAGCGACCUCGCCACUGA